UAAGCUCCUCCUCUAGCAGUGACCCAUACCUGUGCAGGUCUGUUCUCAUGUGGUUCUUGUUGUUCUUUAGGUUCACUGAGAAGGGGAACCUGGAGGUUCUGCUCUUCACCAUCCAGAGUAAGAUGAGAGCCAACAACCAGAAGGUCUACAUGCCCCGCGAAGGCAAACUCAUCUCCGACAUCAACAAGGCCUGGGAGCGGCUGGAGAAGGCGGAGCAUGAGCGGGAGCUGGCUCUCAGAACGGAGCUGAUUCGUCAGGAGAAGCUGGAACAGCUGGCCAGACGUUUUGAUCGCAAGGCAGCAAUGAGAGAGACGUGGCUCAGCGAAAACCAGAGGCUGGUGUCUCAGGACAACUUUGGUUUUGACCUUCAAGCUGUCGAGGCAGCAACAAAGAAACACGAAGCGAUCGAGACGGACAUUGCGGCGUACGAGGAGCGAGUCCAAGCUGUGGUCUCCGUGGCGAAGGAGCUGGAGGUGGAGCAUUAUCACGACAUCAAACGCAUCACGGCCAGGAAGGACAACGUGAUCCGACUGUGGGAAUACCUGCUGGAGCUGCUGAAGGCCCGCAGACAGCGACUGGAGAUGAACCUGGGCCUGCAGAGAGUCUUCCAGGAGAUGCUCUACAUCAUGGACUGGAUGGACGAGAUGAAGAUGUUGCUGCUGUCUCAGGAUUAUGGGAAGCAUUUGCUGGGCGUGGAGGACCUGCUGCAGAAACACGCCCUGGUGGAGGCCGACAUCGCCAUCCAGGCCGACAGGGUGAAGGCGGUCACCACCAACGCCAACAAGUACUUUGUCAACGACAGCGGCUACAAACCCUGCGACCCUCAGGUCAUCCAGGACCGGGUGUCCCACCUGGAGUUCUGUUACCAGGAGUUGACCCAACUGGCCGCAGAGCGCCGUGCUCGUCUGGAGGAGUCUCGCCGCCUCUGGAAAUUUUUCUGGGAGAUGGCAGAGGAGGAGGGCUGGAUCCGUGAGAAGGAGCAGAUCCUGUCCUCGGAGGAGCACGGCAAAGACCUGACAGGGGCGCUGCGCCUGCUCAGCCAGCAGCGCGCUCUGGAGGACGAGAUGAGCGGCCGGGCCGGCCACCUGCAGCACACCAUCGCCGAGGGCCAGGCCAUGGUGCAGGCCGGACACUUCGGUGCCACCAAGAUCCAAGAGCGCAUCGACGACCUGCAGGCUCAGUGGGCGGCGCUGGAGCAGCUGGCGGCGGUGAGGAAGAAGAGGCUGGAGGAGGCUCUGGCGCUGCACCAGUUCCAGGCCGACGCAGACGACGUGGACGCCUGGACGCUCGACGCUCUGCGCAUCGUCUCCAGCGGAGAGACCGGACACGAUGAGUUCUCCACCCAGGCACUGGUCAGAAAGCACAAGGACGCGGCGGCGGAGGUGGCCAGCUACCGGCCGGUCAUCGAUUCGCUCCACGAGCAGGCCGCCUCCCUGCCCAAAGAAGAGGCGGAGUCAGAGGAGGUGCGCGGUCGGCUGGCUGGCAUCGAGGAGCGAUACAAGGAGGUGGCGGAGCUGACGAAGCUGAGGAAGCAGGCGCUGCAGGACGCUCUGGCUCUCUACAAAAUGUUCAGUGAAGCAGACGCCUGCGAGGUUUGGAUCGAUGAGAAGGAGCAGUGGCUCAACAGCAUGGAGAUUCCCGAGAAACUGGAGGACCUGGAGGUCAUCCAGCACAGGUUUGAGAGUCUGGAGCCAGAGAUGAACAACCAGGCGUCGCGUGUUGCUGUGGUGAACCAGAUCGCCCGGCAACUGAUGCACAACGGUCACCCGAGCGAGAAGGACAUCAAGAGCCAGCAGGACAAACUCAACAACAGGUGGAGCCAGUUCCGCGACCUGGUGGACCAGAAAAAGGAGUCCCUGAAUUCAGCUCUUGGCGUGCAGAACUACCACCUUGACUGCAACGAGACCAAGUCCUGGAUCAAGGAGAAGACCAAAGUCAUCGAGUCCACACAAGAGCUGGGUAAUGACCUCACUGGCGUCAUGGCGCUGCAGCGCAAACUGACCGGCAUGGAGCGCGACCUGGCUGCCAUCGAAGACAAGCUGGGUGACCUGCAAGGCGAGGCCCAGCGGCUGGCAGAGGAACACCCAGAUCAGGCCAAAGCCAUCACAGGCCGUCUGGCUGAGAUCACUGCUGUCUGGGAGGAGAUGAAGAACACCUUGAAGAACCGCGAGGAGUCUCUGGGUGAAGCCAGGAAGCUGCAGCAGUUCCUGCGCGAGCUGGACGACUUCCAGUCCUGGCUGUCUCGUACUCAGACCGCCAUCGCCUCCGAGGACAUGCCCAACACGUUGGCCGAGGCCGAGAAGCUGAUGGCCCAACAUGAAGGUAUCAAGAACGAAAUCCAGAACUAUGAGGAGGACUACCAGAAGAUGCGGGACAUGGGGGAGAUGGUGACGCAGGACCAGACGGACGCCCAGUACAUGUUCCUGCGACAGCGGCUGCAGGCGCUCGACACCGGCUGGAACGAACUGCACAAGAUGUGGGAGAACCGGCAGAACCUGCUGUCCCAGUCCCACGCCUACCAGCUGUUCCUCAGAGACACCAAGCAGGCCGAGGCCUUUCUCAACAACCAGGAGUACGUCCUGGCCCACACUGAGAUGCCCACCACUCUGGAGAGCGCCGAGGCUGCCAUCAAGAAGCAGGAGGACUUCAUGACCACCAUGGACGCCAACGAGGACAAGAUCAACGGCGUGGUGGAGGCUGGCAGGCGGCUGGCCAGCGAUGGAAACAUCAACGCUGAACGCAUCCAGGAGAGAGUAGCCUCCAUCGACGACAGGCAUAAGAAGAACAGGGAAGCGGCUGUGGAGCUACUGAUGAGGCUGAAGGACAACAGAGAUCUGCAGAAGUUCCUGCAGGACUGUCAGGAGCUGUCCCUGUGGAUCAAUGAGAAGAUGCUGACGGCUCAGGACAUGACGUACGACGAGGCCAGGAACCUGCACAGCAAGUGGCUGAAGCACCAGGCCUUCAUGGCCGAGCUGCAGUCCAACAAGGAGUGGCUGGACAAGAUCCAGAAGGACGGCACGCUACUGGUGUCGGAGAAGCCGGAGACGGAGGCGGUGGUGAAGGAGAAGCUGUCGGCGCUCCACGCCAUGUGGGAGGAGCUCGAGUCGACCACACAGACCAAAGCUCAGUGUCUGUUCGACGCCAACAAAGCCGAGCUGUUCACUCAGAGCUGCGCAGACCUCGACAAGUGGCUGGCCGGCCUCGAGGGCCAGAUCCAGUCCGACGACUACGGCAAAGACCUGACGUCCGUCAACAUCCUGCUCAAAAAGCAGCAGAUGCUGGAGAACCAGGUGGAGGUGCGUCAGAGGGAGGUGGUGGAGCUGCAGAGCCAGGUGAAGGCUCUGGGUCAGGAGGUGAAGGACACCGACGAGGUGGAUGGUCGGAGGCAAGUGGUGGAGAAUAAGUUUCAGGAGUUGCUGGAGCCGCUGCGACGCCGCCGGAACUUUCUGGUGGCGUCCAGAGAAGUUCACCAGUUCAACCGCGACGUAGAGGAUGAGAUCCUGUGGGUUCAGGAGAGGAUGGCUGUGGCCACGUCCACCGACCACGGACACAACCUGCAGACUGUCCAGCUUCUCAUUAAGAAGAACCAGACGCUGCAGAAGGAGAUCCAGGGCCAUCAGCCUCGCAUCGAUGACAUCCUGGAGCGCAGCCAGAGCCUCCUGCAGGACGAGUCCUCUAACGGCGACGGGAUCCGGCAGCGCCUGGCCGACCUGCAGCAGCUGUGGCGGCAGCUGAUGGAGGAGGCGGAGCGUCGGCACGGCCGGCUGGAGGAGGCCCACAAAGCCCAGCAGUACUACUUUGACGCUGCCGAGGCCGAGGCCUGGAUGAGCGAGCAGGAGCUCUACAUGAUGUCAGAGGAGAAGGCCAAGGACGAGCAGAGCGCCGUCACCAUGCUGAAGAAGCACCAGAUCGUGGAGCAGGCGGUGGAGGACUACGCCGAGACCGUCCACCAGCUGUCCAAGACCAGCAGAGGACUGGUGGCUGACGGACACCCGGAGAGGUUGUCCUCACCUGCAUCGCGGACACAUGUAGACACCUGCAGCAGAGCCACGCCUGCUGAGGCACCCGACAUAUUCCUGGAGGUGCACCAGUUCUCGCGGGAUGCAGGUGUGGCCGAGGCGUGGCUGCUGGGCCAGGAGCCUUACCUGUCCAGCAGGGAGGUGGGGCAGAGCGUGGACGAGGUGGAGAAGCUCAUCAAACGCCACGAGGCCUUCGAGAAGUCGGCCGCCACCUGGGAGGAGAGAUUCUCUGCUCUGGAGAGGCUGACCACGCGCCGUCACUCAGAACGGACUCCCAUCGGACCAGGACUCUCCUCGGGUCAGUACGAUUCUGACGGCGUGGACGGCGGCGGUCUGGUGAACGGCGUCGCUGAGCGGAGCUCCAAGGAGCCGAGCCCCGCCCCCUCGCCCACCUCCGGCAGGAAGAGUAAGAGCAGCCAAUCGUCGACGCUGCCGGCCAAGAACCAGGAAACGGCGUCGCAGCUGGAGGGGCUGCUGUACCGCAAACACGAGUGGGAGGGGCACAACAAGAAGGCGUCCAACAGGUCGUGGCACAAUGUGUACUGUGUCAUCAACAACCAGGAAAUGGGCUUCUACAAGGACAGCAAGGCGGCCAAUCAGGGCGUCCCGUACCACAACGAGCUGCCAAUCAGCCUGAAGGACGCCACCUGUGACGUGGCGUCGGACUACAAGAAGAAGAAGCACGUCUUCAAGCUCCGAGUCGCCGAUGGAAACGAGUAUCUGUUCCAAGCCAAAGAUGAAGAGGAGAUGAGCACCUGGAUCCAGGCCAUCCUGAACACCGCCGACCGCGCCGACGUCCAGGGCAGCAACCCCGGCACGCCGGCCUCCGGGCGCGCUCAGACGCUGCCGGCCGCCGUCACGCUCAGCAGCGAGUCGAGUCCCGGCAAGAGAGAGAAGGACAAAGAGAAGGACAAGGAGAAACGCUUCAGCCUGUUCAGCAAGAAGAAGCAAUCAGAACAUCUCACUGCAGCUAUACCGGGUAGUACUUCUGUCAACAGCUUGGAGGUGUGUGUUACUGCAGAAACGAUGCUGCAGGAGCGUUUCCGCGAGUUCGCCCGCGACACCGGAAACAUCGGGCAGGAGCGCGUGGACGCCGUCAACCGUCUGGCAGAUGAGCUGAUCAACGCCGGUCACGGCGACGCUGCCACGGUGGCGGAGUGGAAGGACGGCCUGAACGAGGCCUGGGCCGACCUGCUGGAGCUGAUCGACACCCGGACGCAGAUCCUUGCCGCCUCCUUCGAGCUCCACAAGUUCUACCACGACGCCAAGGAGAUCCUGGGGCGCAUCGUGGACAAGCAGAAGAAGCUGCCGGAGGAGGUGGGCCGCGACCAGAACACCGUGGAGACGCUGCAGAGGAUGCACACCACCUUCGAACACGACAUCCAGGCCCUGGGAACACAGGUGAGGCAGCUGCAGGAGGACGCGGUGCGCCUGCAGUCGGCGUACGCCGGAGACAAAGCCGACGACAUCCAGCGCAGGGAGAGCGAAGUGUUGGAGGCCUGGAGGAGCCUGCUGGAGGCCUGCGACGGACGCCGGCUUCGCCUCCUCGACACCGGUGACAAGUUCCGCUUCUUCAGCAUGGUGAGAGACCUGCUGCUGUGGAUGGAUGACGUGAUCCGGCUCAUCGAGGCACAGGAGAAUCCCAGAGACGUCUCCUCGGUGGAGCUGCUGAUGAACAACCAUCAGGGCAUCAAGGCCGAGAUCGACGCCCGCAACGACAGCUUCACCGCCUGCAUCGAGCUGGGCAAGGCCCUGCUGGCCCGCAAGCACUACGCUUCAGAGGAGAUCAAAGAGAAGCUGCUGCAGCUGACCGACAAGAGGAAGGAGAUGAUCGACAAGUGGGAGGAUCGAUGGGAGUGGCUGCGACUCAGAAACAUCUGCUCAGACCAGCAGCUCGCUGUGGGCGGGUUCUCCAUCCUCGCCUUUAUAAUUCAUCAGAGCUGUGAUGAGCAGAACUCAGAGGAGCUUUGA